ACUUCUCCAGUUUCACUGAUUCUUUUUACUUCAACAAAGAACUGAAAUCAAGAUCUAGGGUUUAAUAAUUGAACAAGAAUCAUGCAUUUCCCUUUGCAAUGCACAUCUUUCUAGGGUUAAUCACAAUCAUGUUUUCUUUCUUGAAAUUUUUAGUCUUUUCCUUGCUUCUUUCAGUUUGGGUUUUCCCUCAAAAUUGUAAAGGUCGCAUCUUUACGUUCAAGAUGCACCAUCGCUUCUCUGACAUGCUCAAGGACUUGUCUGAUUCUACAACAUCAAGAAACUUUCCCUCUAAGGGAAGUUUUGAGUACUAUGCUGAGUUGGCUCACCGUGAUCAGAUGCUUCGAGGCCGCAAACUAUACAAUGUAGAAGCACCCCUUGCUUUCUCUGAUGGCAACUCUACUUUUAGAAUCAGUUCUUUGGGAUUUUUGCAUUACACCACGGUGGAGUUAGGGACUCCAGGAAUGAAGUUUAUGGUGGCACUUGAUACAGGGAGUGAUCUGUUUUGGGUGCCUUGUGAUUGCAGCAAAUGUGCUCCUACUCAGGGCGUUGCUUAUGCUUCACAGGACUUUGAGCUUAGCAUAUACGACCCAAAACAGUCAUCAACAAGCAAAAAGGUUACUUGCAACAACAAUUUGUGUGCACACCGUAAUCGCUGCCUUGGAACAUUCAGUAGUUGUCCUUACAUGGUUUCUUAUGUCUCGGCUCAAACGUCUACAUCUGGGAUUUUGGUAGAGGAUGUUCUACACUUAACAUCUGAAGAUAGUAAUCAAGAAUCUAUUAAAGCAUAUGUCACAUUUGGUUGUGGACAGGUUCAGAGUGGUUCAUUUCUGAACACUGCAGCUCCUAAUGGUUUAUUUGGGCUUGGCAUGGAUCAGAUUUCAGUCCCUAGCAUUUUAUCUAGGGAAGGUUUAACAGCUGAUUCUUUCUCCAUGUGUUUUGGACAUGAUGGAGUUGGAAGGAUCAGUUUUGGGGACAAGGGCAGUCCUGACCAGGAGGAGACCCCCUUCAAUUCAAAUCCAUCACACCCAAGCUAUAACAUUUCUGUCACUCAAGUUCGAGUAGGGACAACUUUAGUUGACGUAGAUUUCACAGCUCUUUUUGAUUCUGGAACAUCGUUUACAUACUUAAUCAAUCCAAUUUACGCAAUGGUUUCAGAGAAUUUCCAUGCACAGGCACAAGACAAGAGGCGCCCACCUGAUCCCAGGAUCCCCUUUGAAUAUUGUUAUGAUAUGAGUCCCGGUGCAAAUUCAAGUUUGAUACCUAGCAUGAGCUUAACCAUGAAAGGAAGAGGCCAUUUUACUGUCUUUGAUCCAAUAAUUGUCAUCACCACUCAGAAUGAACUUGUUUAUUGCUUGGCUAUUGUCAAAAGUACAGAACUCAAUAUCAUUGGACAAAAUUUUAUGACUGGAUACCGUGUUGUAUUUGAUCGAGAAAAGCUUGUCUUGGGGUGGAAAGAGACUGACUGUUAUGAUCAGGAGUACAACUCAUUCCCAACAGAACCACAUGCUUCCGAUGUCCCUCCUGCUGUUGCUGCUGGACUAGGUAAUUAUUCUAGUCCGCAUUCGACAAACCAGGACAGGAAGAAGUCUCAGAGUUCAGUAGCAUCAUCCUAUCCCUGUAGCCAUACUUGUUCUGUAAUUUGUUUCACAUUUGUCUUCACAUUAUACAUUUUGUUAUAGCCAUUUCUUAGUCUUUCAUUUAUCAGGAAAGUUGCACGGUUAUUCUUUA